AUGAUGCUGCGAAGUCUCGUAUGGGAAAGAGUUGUUCUCUUGCCCUUCGAGGGCACCCUUCCUUCCCCAAAGGCCAUUCCCAGCCUUAGGUCCCCCUGAGAAGGGUACGCAGGUGUACCCGGGGGUUACUCUGUCAAUCAGACGCCACCCCCAUUGUUUCGACAGCAAGGUGGAGUCGCCCAAAACGUGUCUGCAAAUGAUAUGAGCAAGCAAGCCAUUCAUUCCUCCCAGCCCCCUCUUGGGAACACCCCAAAUCAAUUUUCAACACAACCACCUGGAUCAAUGAUGUUCAAUCAGAGGCAGCCUGGACCACGAACACAUGCCCAUCCCCAGUUUUAUCCAUCGGCAAAUGGGGCACCACGUCAUCUGCAACCAGGACCACAGGUCCAGCAGAUCAGAAUGAAUCAUCAGCAGUUGUCUGCAUUCAGUAUGGCGGCUGGAUUGCCAUACGGACUGCCAGGGACUAACAGUGGGCCUCAGGUCACUCUCAUUCCUGCCCCACAAAUCCCUGUCAAUUUUGGUGGUGCAGGAGCUCGGCAGCAUCUGCCCAAUCCAGGAGGCUUUCCUUCGGCAUCAACAUUUUUAUUCAAUCCCACUCCUCGGUUUCAACAGCAAUAUGCACUCUACCCCCCUCAGAAUGUGAUAUAUCAAAACCAGAUACAAGCACAGGCAGGGCUGACCAUGAAUGCAACACAGCAGCAAGUCCCCCCUGGUGCUGCUUCACAGGCUCCUCCUGUUCCCAGUGCUCCAAAGGAGGUUCAACGACACAGAAACCGACUGGCUAUCAUUGACCCAGAGACAGGUCGCAAUGUCCUUGAUGAUGUUGAAAGUGAUAAUGCAGCUCAGCGUGGGAUUAGCACAAUUGAUGGAGCUGCUUCAAUCCCCUCAAGUGAAAUGCAGCAGUCUCUCAGGGAUUCUCAUUCUCGGGAAACUCCAAUCUCGGAAGGAGAGGUGGUGCAAAUGAGUGAAGGGAAUGAUGUGCCUGCCCAGUUUGCUACUCAGGUGGCACAGGCAGCUCUGGGUUCAAGACCUAUGGAUUAUGAGAAGCCUGGGGCUGAAGCAGGAAGGGGUGCUCUUACAUCCACUAUCUCUAAGGGAGUGGUGGAGCCACCUCCUCCGUCCAGAUCCCCUUCUCACGUGGUCAUGCCUCCUGCUUCAGAGAGUGAAGGUGAGACGAAAGUGUCGGAGGAUGUGCCUCAGUCUCAGCCUCAGCUGCAGCCAGAUGCUAGGAUAUCAGAGCCCAGCAGUAGCCCAGUGACACCUGAAGUGACUUCAGCAAGUGACAUGCCAGAACCUGAGAAUAUUGAAACAGAACCUCCAAAUGAAGAAGUGGAGCCUCUGAAAUCAGAAGAACUUAUAAAUUCAGAGGAUCCUCUGAAACCAGAGGUCUCAGAGGUGAUUCCAGAUGAGCCUGCUGUCCUUGCAAUGCCUGAGCCGAAAGUGGAGGCUCCUAAGACUCCAGAGCCUGAACCUCCACAACCCGAGAUUGAAGAAGCAGAUGCUAGCAUAGCUGAUGGCGGAAAGGCAACCCAGAAGCCGAAGAGUAAGGCAAAGCAAAAGCACAGGGAGCUUAAUCAAAAGUGGGAAGAGAAGAGAGGUGAUGUGAUGGAAGGAGAUUUGGAUGCCUUCGUGACAGUAUCUCCUGUUGCUUCCCCAUCACCCCCUGUUCCUUCUGCACCAGCUCCAGCCUUGGAAUCAGGGCCUGUGAAUGAUCUACACUGCACAAAGGCUGAACUAGAGGAUGAGCUUGAGGAAGGAGAAAUUCCAGAUGAGGAAGAUGCAGUUGAGAAGGAAAAAGUUCUGGCCAAGAAUGCUGAAAAUGCCAAGAAGGCUGUGGAAGCUGAUUUGGACCAGAAGUCUCCUGUGAUCUAUGCAAAACUGGACUACAAGGAGGGCCAGUGGAGCCCAGAAAAUCCCGACGGUCGCAAAGUUUACGAUCGUGGUUUUCUCCUAGCUCUUCAAGAAGUUCCCAUCAGCCUCAAGAAGCCUGAGGGUCUUCCCAACUUGGAUGUGAUUAAGGACCGAGCUGCCCCACAUGCCAAGCAAUUGAUGGCGAAAUCACCUCGACAGGGGCAGUUCAACACAUUCAGUGGCAACAAAUUUGAUAUGGACUUCACUCCUGUUUACCUCAAGUCUCCUGCAAAUAGAGGGCAACAGGGAUUGCUUAAGGGCCGAGGAAGCAUUGGACGUGGGACUAAGGCUCCACCAAAAGUGAUAGACAUCAAGCUCUCAUUGAGUGAAAAGGUCGAACUGCAUGCAGCUGAGAAUGCAUGGAAACCUAAGUUGAAGAGGCCAGCAGUUGAAGUAAAUGAACCAGCAAAAGAAGACCUCGCCAAGAAGGUUAGAGGGAUCCUGAACAAACUCACCCCUGAAAAAUUUGAGACAUUGGUGAACCAGGUCCGGGAUCUCCCCAUUGACACCAAGGAUAAAUUGGAAGGUGUCAUUGAUCUUGUCUUUGACAAGGCAGUGGAUGAGCCCAACUUUGCAAAUGCCUAUGCAAGCAUGUGCCAAACCCUGGCAAAGACAAUUCAAGUGCCCCUGGAACCUACUCAAGGAACAACAACCCAAGCAAACCCAGGAGUUAAUUUCCGCAAGGUCCUCCUUGUCAAGUGCCAGCAGGAAUUUGAAGCUGAAAGUCAUAGUGACAGUCUUAGGGAAAAGAGACAAGCUGAGAUUGAUGCUGCUGAAACUGAGGAAAAGAAGAAAGAAUUACAAGUGGAUCUUGAAGAACAAGAAAGGUUGAUUCGUCGAAGAUACCUUGGCAUUAUUAGGUUCAUUGGAGAAUUGUUCAAGCUUGGGAUGCUGACAGUGAAGAUCAUGCAUGAGUGCGUGCAGCGGCUUUUCUCUGGGUGGGCCAAGAGUCAUGAUGAAGAUUCUCUUGAGUGCCUGUGCAAGCUGCUCUCAACAAUUGGGAAGCAGAUGGAAGAUUCAGGCAUGGCAAUGAAAGGUGGAUCUUCCAGUGUCAAUUCUGACAUGCACCGUGACCAGAUGAACUCCUACUUCAAGACAAUUGACAAGAUAGUGAAGGGGCGAUCGACAAGUAGUCGGGUGAGGUUCAUGUUGCAAGAUGUGAUUGAGCUGCGUGAGAAUGGGUGGCGACCACGUCGAGAGGACAACAAUCCAAAGCGCAUUGAUCAGAUUAGACAAGAAGCAAAGUUAGAGGAGCUCCAGAAGACUGUGGAGCUUUCUCAGCAGGGACCAAUACCAAGGAAACGCCCUGAUGACAUGAGGAGAUCUAGAGGCUUGGAGGAUAGUGGAUGGAGUACUGUUGGGAAAUCAAAACCCUUCCAGAAGGAAGUUGAUACAAAACGCAUAACCAAUCUUGUCAAAGGGUCACAGAUGGAGGAUAUCCGGUUAGGACCAGGUAUUAUGACCUGGAGCCAUGGGAGCCGUGGUGGACUUCGCCCAGGCAUGUCAGCCCUGACUCCAGGAGCCGAUAAUGCAGAAGUGCGACCCAUGGUGCCCAUGUCAAUGGCUGGAGCAGCUCCUUCUAACCCAAACCGUUUUUCAGCUCUCUCUACGUCUCCUGAAGCACCCCCCCUCAUGGACAAGCGUUCUUUUGCUGCACCUGGUCGGUCAGCAUCUCAGGGCAGAGAAGGACCUUUGUCUGUCCCCACACGAAUGGAGAAGGCCUUGGAUGAUAAGGCCAAGGCUCUACGGGCAGUUCAGCAACAGUUUGCCAAACCUCCAGAAUCUUUGCGCCCCUCCCGUAGUCAGGGCUCCUCACAAGAGAGCUCCCGGACAAGGGAAGGUAGUGGGACUCGAGGUCCAUUUCAGACCCCAGCAGCCCAGGCACGGAUAGCCGCCCCAAGUGCUCCUCCUGAGAUUGCACUUAUGGGUAAAGAUACCCUCUCAGAGGAACAACAGGCUAGUCUGGAAGAGCGGGCCAUAGCUCUGAUUGACCAAUACCUUCAUGACUGUGAUGAAACUGAAGUGAAAAGUUGGGUGAUAAAAGAAUUCCAUGAAAGGACAAUUCACCUGUUUGUGAAGACGGCUAUUAACCGAAUCUUGGAGCGGAGCACAGAAAGUCGCCACCUUGUUGGCGGAUUGCUCAGUCAUCUAGUCAAGUGGAAGGUCGUCUCUGUUGACCUGUAUGUGAAGGGCCUCAGGGAAAUCCUUGAAGUCUCAGACGAUCUGUCUAUUGAUGUUGGAAAAUAUUUCUGGGACUAUUUGGGAGAAAUAAUUGGUCCCAUGUUCCAUGAUGGGUGCUUAAAUAUGAGCUUCCUAAAGCAGGCAAGUGAGCCUUGCAUAUCUGCUGGCAAAGGAGGCGAACUCCUGUCCGGUGUAUUGCGUUCCCUCUCCAAGAACUCUGGCCAUGCAAUAGCUAGGAAGAGAUGGAAAGAGUCUCAACUGGAUCUGAGGGAUUUCCUUCCUGAGAAUGAGUCCGUUUCAGACUACAUAAAGAGCCACAACUUGGCCUUCCUGGAAGAGGACAAAGAUGACGUUCUGCCCUUGGACAAGAUCUUUGAACAGCUGGAUAAGAUGCUUAAGGAAGGGGCCUCAAAUGAAGAAGUUUUUGAUUGGAUAGAUAGGCAUUUGGAGAAGAAAGAUAUGGAAGAUCAUGCAUUCAUCCGUGCCUUGAUGACCUCCAUUGCAGAAAGUGCAAUUCAAAAAGAGGACGGGACAUGUAAGCUUUUGGAAGAGCAGCUGCGGACAAGGAGGACACUGUUGCACCGCUUCUUGGACACCAAGGAAGAAUUAGAAAUUCAGAGUCUCUAUGCCCUGCAAAGGCUUAUGGUCAAACUCAACCAUCCCCAGAAACUUCUUCAUGCCUUCUUUGAAAUCUUGGUGGACGUGAUAAGUGAAGAGGCCUUCUUGAAGUGGGAAAAUUCUGAUGAUCCCAAGGAGCUAGAGGGCAAGGGUGUUGUGCUCAAGUCUGUGACUCAGUUCCUCACCUGGCUCAAAGAGGCUGAAUAUGAUGAAGAUGAGGCUGAGGACUCAACCAGUGCUGCUUCUUCCUCUGAUGCUGCUGCCACCGCCAUUCAUCAGCAUCCUCCGUCCUCAUAAUGAUGAGAAAGGAAAAAAAAAGGAAAAAACCAUGAUCAUCAUCUCUCCCCUUCAAUGUCCUUCCAGUUCCUGCCGACGAAGAUACAUUGAUUCUCCUCUGCCCUCACUUACUCUGUCUUGCUGUAGAUGGUUUUUGGUAUGGUUUUGGUUAGGAAAGAAACUUGCUGGGAGGGGGGAGGUGAACAGUGAAAGUUAUGAUGUUGUGACUGGGGGGAGGAGGCUUGAUAUACGAUCUUGUUCAUAAUGUAAUGUGUUAUAUUAUGAUAAGGGUUUAUGAAGAUGAUGGUCAUGAUACUGUUGCUGAUAGAAACACACCCCAAUGAGCACAGGAAGAAAUUGCUUGGUUCUGCUGCUGCUCCUCAUGCUGUUCGUUGCUGAUGGGCAAAUUUCCUUUUUUCCCAUCCCAUAUCAUCCCUCAUUUUUGUUCAUUUUCUUUUGUUGUUGCCAUGUUGUUCUUUGGACUUUUUUUUGGGGAGGAGUCUAAUUGAUCCAUGCCUGCCUGCUAUCGCUCAUCAACAUUGUUGAACUGAUUUUUUCAAGACUACUAUGCAUCAGGAGGGGAGAAAAUGAGGACUUGCAUGGUCUUUCCCCUUCCAGAGAAGAAAAGGACGAUGUUGUCCCAAGGAGACUUUCUGCUCCUUGCAAGAAAACCAUGGAAGUGCGGACCUGUGGCUCCUAUUAUCGAAUUUUCUUGAUUCAUGCUGAUGAAUAUUAUGAGAAGGGAAGAAAGCAUUAUAAAAGCUCCAAUAAAUCGCAAAGUUGUACAA